UCCCAGAGCUUCUGGACCCGGGAUCAGAGCGCGAAAAUCGCUCUAGCGGGAGGGAAGCCCAGAUAUCACUAUGGCAACCGCCAGCCCCUCUGGCCGCGUGACGUCACCCCUCUCUCUCUCCGCUUGAAGCGGCCUCUGCGAGAGGGAGCUGGGGAGUCCUCGAAGGGGGCUCCCCUCUCCUCCUUUAGUGUAGGACUAUUCCGCCCCGAUCCCUGGGAGGGCUUUGUUCUUUUGUUCCGGCCUAGGAGGAAGGACGCGAGCCGAGCCCCGCCCUGUUUGUCCACCUUCCAGCUUUUCCGCUCCGCAACAGGUGUUUCUUCUUGAGCCCGCGGGGGUGUGAGCCCACAAGUGUGCACCGAGGGCAGCCAGCUUCACUGUGUGUAAGGGCACAGACUCGUGCCGGACAUCUGGGCUCCAGAGAGAGGACCCCACUUGAGGGACGCUGCUUGGGAAACCCUGGUGUCCAGAUUCCAAGAGGAACGGGAUGAGCACCUGAGAUGGAAGAUCUGUCUUCUCCAGAGUCUGCCCUUCUCCAAGGGGGAUGUACUUCACUCCCAUCAGCUAGUUUUCAGGAAUCAGUGACCUUCAAGGAUGUGAUAGUGGACUUUACCCAGGAAGAAUGGAAACAGCUGGAUCCUGUACAGAGAGAUUUAUUCAGGGAUGUGACAUUGGAAAAUUAUACACAUCUGGUCUCUAUAGGACUCCAAGUUUCCAAACCUGAUGUGAUUUCCCAGUUAGAGCAAGGGACAGAGCCAUGGAUUGUGGAGCCCAGCAUUCCAGUAGGUGCCCUUGGAGAGUGGGAGACAAGACCAGAAAAUAGCGUAUCAGUCUCAGAGCUGGACAUUUCUGAAGAAGAGCCAUCUCCAGAGGCAAUAGUAGAAAAGCACAAAAGGGAUGAUCCUUGGAGUUCCAACGUCUUAGAAACUUGGGAAUCUGAAGGCAGUCCAGAGAGGCAACAGGCAAAUGAACAGGCCCUGCCGAGGGAAACAAAAAUAACUGACAAGACAAUACCUACUUUGAAGAAAGACCAUGUAAAUAAUGACUUUGAAAAAAGCAUCAAUGUGAGUUCAGACCUUUUAACACAAAAAGAAGUGUCUCCAGAAGAGACCUCUACUAAAACAAAUGUCAAACAGAAUUUAAAGCCGGUUAAAAAAGAGAAAUCUUGUAAGUGCAAUGAAUGUGGGAAAGCUUUUAGUUAUUGUUCAGCUCUUAUUCGCCAUCAGAGAACACAUACUGGAGAGAAGCCCUACAAAUGUAAUGAAUGUGAAAAAGCCUUCAGCCGGAGUGAAAACCUUAUAAACCAUCAAAGAAUUCAUACUGGAGAUAAACCAUAUAAAUGUGAUCAGUGUGGAAAAGGCUUCAUUGAGGGUCCUUCUCUUACUCAACAUCAAAGAAUUCACACUGGAGAAAAACCCUAUAAGUGUGAUGAAUGUGGGAAAGCCUUUAGUCAGAGGACCCAUCUUGUUCAGCAUCAGAGAAUUCACACUGGUGAGAAACCAUAUACUUGUAAUGAGUGUGGAAAAGCCUUUAGCCAGAGAGGCCACUUUAUGGAACAUCAGAAAAUUCAUACAGGAGAAAAACCUUUUAAAUGUGACGAAUGUGAUAAAACCUUUACCAGGAGCACACACCUUACUCAACAUCAAAAAAUUCAUACUGGAGAGAAAACCUAUAAAUGUAAUGAAUGUGGGAAGGCUUUCAAUGGACCCUCAACAUUUAUACGUCAUCAUAUGAUUCAUACUGGUGAAAAACCAUAUGAAUGCAAUGAAUGUGGAAAAGCCUUCAGUCAGCACUCAAACCUCACUCAACAUCAGAAAACACAUACUGGGGAGAAACCUUAUGAUUGUGCUGAAUGUGGGAAAUCCUUUAGUUACUGGUCAUCCCUUGCUCAACAUCUAAAAAUUCAUACUGGAGAAAAACCUUACAAAUGCAAUGAAUGUGGAAAGGCCUUCAGUUAUUGCUCAUCCCUUACUCAGCAUCGGAGAAUUCACACCAGAGAAAAGCCCUUUGAAUGUAAUGAGUGUGGAAAGGCUUUCAGUUAUCUCUCAAACCUUAAUCAACAUCAGAAGACUCAUACCCAAGAGAAAGCUUAUGAAUGUAAGGAAUGUGGGAAAGCCUUUAUUCGGAGUUCAUCUCUUGCUAAACAUGAAAGAAUUCAUACUGGUGAGAAACCCUAUCAGUGUCACGAAUGUGGGAAAACCUUCAGUUAUGGCUCAUCCCUUAUUCAGCAUAGGAAAAUACAUACUGGAGAAAGACCUUACAAGUGUAAUGAAUGUGGGCGAGCCUUCAACCAGAACAUACACCUUACGCAACAUAAGAGAAUUCACACAGGAGCAAAGCCUUAUGAGUGUGCCAAGUGUGGCAAAGCCUUUCGACAUUGUUCAUCUCUGGCUCAACAUCAAAAAACUCACACAGAAGAAAAGCCCUACCAGUGUAAUAAGUGUGAAAAGGCCUUUAGCCAGAGCUCCCAUCUGGCUCAGCAUCAACGAAUUCACACUGGAGAGAAACCCUAUAAAUGCAAUGAAUGUGACAAAUCCUUUAGCCGGAGCACUCAUCUGACUGAACAUCAGAAUACUCAUACUGGAGAGAAACCUUACAACUGUAAUGAAUGCAGGAAGACUUUCAGCCAGAGCACUUACCUCAUUCAGCAUCAGAGAAUUCAUUCAGGAGAGAAGCCCUUUGGAUGUAAUGAUUGUGGAAAAGCCUUCAGAUAUCGUUCUGCUCUCAACAAACAUCAGAGACUGCACCCUGGCAUAUGACUCUUCUAGGAACAUCGUAAACAUAGGGGAUGCAUUUACUCUAGUUUGUCCUUUUAAGUACAGAAGAAUCAGGGUGGAUUGAGAAACUGCCGAAAAUAUUUUUACUUUUCACUGUCAUGCUGUGGAAUGGAAAGUACAUUGGGCUGAAGUAAGCCAAUUACGUUGUUAAGCAACUUUGUGACAUUGGCAAAUUCAGCCAUUUUAAGCUUCAGUUUCCUCUGUGAAAUGAGGGAUUUGGAGUAGGUCAUUUCGAAGGUCGUUUGGAGUUUUAUAUUUGGUUUUGUAUAUUCACAAUAUAUUCUUGAAUAAGAUUAUUGUACAUCAGCAUUUUGCUAUGUUGCAUCU